UCACUCCUAUUCGUGAGAGAGUGAUUCGUGAGAUAAAGAAUUGGUGUGGAGUGGGGGUUUACUUUUACCGGCGAUCAGCGUUCUCCUGUCCUUUAUUCGGUUAAUCACACAACGUACAGGUUGUGAUUUUUAUAUUGUGUCGUGAUUUCGUAGGAGUACAAAAAUGUCAGAUAAGGCAGACAUAGCACUCAUAGGACUGGCUGUGAUGGGCCAGAACUUGAUCCUGAACAUGAAUGAUCAUGGCUUCACCGUGUGUGCCUUUAAUAGAACAACUGACAAAGUUGACGCAUUUCUUGCAAAUGAAGCUAAAGGAACUAAUGUCAUUGGUGCUCAGUCAUUGGAGGGCAUGGUCAGAACACUAAAAAAACCAAGAAGAGUCAUGAUGCUUGUUAAAGCUGGAAAGGCAGUAGAUGAGUUUAUUGAGAAACUGGUGCCACUGCUAGAAUCAGGGGACAUUAUAAUUGAUGGAGGGAACUCAGAGUAUCAAGAUACUGCACGACGUGUGGAACAAUGCGCCAAGAAGGGUUUGCUGUUUGUCGGCUCAGGUGUGUCAGGAGGUGAGGAUGGAGCACGUCAUGGACCCUCCCUCAUGCCAGGGGGCAACCCUGCCGCUUGGCCAGCUAUCAAACCUAUAUUCCAGUCAAUUGCAGCACGGGCAAAUGGUGAGCCUUGCUGUGACUGGGUGGGAGAGGGUGGUGCUGGCCACUUUGUCAAAAUGGUACACAAUGGUAUUGAAUAUGGCGACAUGCAGCUCAUCUGUGAGGCCUACCAUCUCAUGAAGUCUGCUCUAGGCAUGUCCAAUGAUGAAAUGAGUCAGGUUUUUGAAACUUGGAACAAAGGCGAACUGGAUUCUUUUCUAAUAGACAUUACAAAAGACAUCCUCAAAUUCAAGGAUUCAGAUGGCAAGUAUUUGGUGGAGAAGAUUCGGGACAGUGCUGGCCAGAAAGGUACUGGAAAAUGGACAGCCAUCGCCGCUCUGGACUAUGGUAUCCCAGUGACACUCAUCGGAGAGUCUGUAUUCUCACGGUGUCUGUCAUCCCUCAUAGACGAGAGGGCAGAAGCCAGCAAGGUACUGCCCGGACCUUCCAACACCAAGUAUACUGGUGACAAGAAGCAGUUCCUUGAUGAUAUUAGAAAGGCAUUAUAUGCAUCCAAAAUAAUCUCCUACGCUCAAGGAUUCAUGCUGAUGCGUGAAGCGGCAAAGUUGUACAACUGGAAACUCAACUACGGUGGAAUUGCCCUCAUGUGGAGAGGUGGUUGCAUCAUUAGAAGUGCCUUCUUGGGAAAUAUCAAGGCAGCAUUUGACAAGAACCCCAAGUUGACCAACCUGCUACUGGAUCCUUUCUUCAGAGAUGCAGUGACUGUCAGUCAGCUAUCUUGGCGCAGGGUUGUAGCCACUGCCGCCACUCUGGGUGUUCCAACACCAGCUUUUAGCACUGCUCUUGCGUUCUACGACGGGUACAGGAGUAAGCAACUACCUGCUAACUUGCUGCAGGCCCAGAGAGAUUACUUUGGAGCCCACACUUACGAACUGCUGUCCAGUCCUGGUAUGUUCAUCCACACCAACUGGACCGGCCAUGGAGGCAACGUGUCUGCAUCUACCUACCAAGCCUAGACUUCAUCUACCAUCACCGAGUAAUUUAUUAUUAACGUUGACUAAAAGUUGUAAGGGAACAAAUAAGCAUUCCAUGUCUUUGUACUUUCAAAGUAAGAUUGCUAUUAAUUAAUAAGGUGUUGAUUGUUAAUCAUGGUACUUUUUGUUAAAUAUAAAAUAUUUUUAUUUUUGUACAAAGUUUGAAUUGUAUUAAAGUUUUGUUUACCGA